AUGGCUUCGCUGGGGAACUCGACAGCCGCUUCGUCGGCUAGCAGUCCCAUGGUGGUACUAGCGCCCAAGACGAAGACGAAAAAGAAACACUUCGUUCAGCAGAAGGUUAAAGUCUUUCGAGCCAGCGACCCUGUCCUCAGCGUCUUUAUAUGGGGCGUCAAUCACUCGAUCAAUGACCUUAACCAGGUUCCAGUACCUGUUAUGUUGCUCCCCGAUGAUUUCAAGGCCAACAUGAAAAUCAAAGUCAACAACCAUCUGUUCAACAAAGAAAAUCUCCCCGGACAUUUUAAAUUUAAGGAAUAUUGCCCUCAAGUCUUUCGAAAUCUACGGGAGCGCUUUGGUAUCGAAGAUCUGGACUAUCAAGUAUCACUGACCCGAAGCCCCCCAACCAGGAGCGUCAACGAUCAAGGCGAGGGGCUGCUCCUCAACUCCUAUGACCGCACGCUGAUCGUCAAGCAAAUAUCCAGCGAGGAUGUGGCCGACAUGCACAGCAUCCUGUCCGAGUAUCACCAGCACAUAGUGAAGUGCCACGGUAGUACCUUGCUGCCUCAGUUCCUGGGAAUGUACCGGGUGAGCGUGGAGAGUGAAGAGACUUACCUCAUCGUCAUGAGGAACAUGUUCAGCCACAGAUUGGUGGUACACCGGAAGUACGACCUGAAGGGUUCUCUGGUGGAUCGGGAGGCAAGCGACAAAGAACGAGGUAAGGAGCUUCCCACUUUAAAGGACGUGGACUUCAGGAACAACAUGCAGAAGGUUUACGUCACGGAGGAGCAGAAGGAGAAGUUUAUGGAGAAACUUAAUCGUGACGUAGAGUUCCUGGUGAAGCUAAAGAUCAUGGAUUACAGUCUGCUGCUGGGUAUCCACGAUUUGGGCCGAGCCGAACGGGAGGAGGAAGAAGGCGAAGAGGUUUCCAACGAAGAAGAACAAGAAGCGGAGAACGGCCUGGCGCCCGGCGGACCCGCAGUGGGCUCUUACGGCACGUCUCCGGAGGGGAUCGCCGGUUACAUGUCGUGCUACAAGCCUCUCGGAGCCGGCGAGUUUGACCCCUACGUGGACGUCUACGCUGUUAGGAGCUGCCCCGGCGCCCCCCAGAGGGAGGUCUACUUCAUGGGCCUGAUUGAUGUCCUAACUCAGUAUGACACCAAGAAGAAAGCCGCCCACGCAGCCAAAACGGUCAAACACGGGGCGGGUGCCGAAAUCUCCACCGUACACCCCGAGCAGUACGCCAAACGGUUCCGGGACUUCAUCUCCAACAUUUUUGCAUAA